UGUGUGUGUUUGUACAAUUUUCUCUCAUUAAAUUACCAAACUCACUCACUUUAUAUCUUCUCUCUCGUGAGCCUCAUCUCUCUUCAUUUCCUUCUAUGGCUUACUUUGCCGUUCAAUAAAAGCAAAACCUCUAAAGAUCUUAGCUUUUGCAGAUUCUGAAAAUGGGUUCGGUGAUUAAGCUUCUGGGGUUCUUCAUAUGGAUGUUCUUUAUGAGCUUCAGAGUCAAUAUCGUCUAUACACUGAACGAAGAAGGUGGACGUGAAGCUGCUUUGCAAGGCACUUUUUUUAUCAACGGGAAAUCUUCGAUUGGAAAUAUCGAUGAAGAUUUUGUCUGUGCCACUCUGGAUUGGUGGCCUCCUGAGAAAUGUGAUUAUGGAAGAUGUGCUUGGGGUCAUGCUUCUCUGCUCAAUCUGGACCUUAAUAACAAAAUUUUCUUGAACGCAGUAAAAGCAUUUUCGCCAUUGAAAAUAAGAUUAGGAGGCAGUUUACAAGACAAAGUCAUAUAUGAUACUCCAGAUAAUCGACUACCUUGUACUCAGUUUGUCAGAAAACCUUCUGAGAUGUUUGGUUUCACUCAAGGUUGCCUUCCAAUGGCCAGAUGGGAUGAGCUGAACAGCUUCUUCAAGAAAUCUGGGGCUAAGAUUAUAUUUGGAUUGAAUGCUCUACAAGGAAAGUCGUUAAAAUCAAAUCCUGCCAAAGGACCUUGGGAUUACACAAAUUCAGAAUCCUUUAUCCGAUACACUGUCAGCAAGAACUACACCAUUCAUGGCUGGGAGCUCGGCAAUGAAUUGAGUGGAAAUGGAGUGGGGAUAAGCAUCACCGCGGAUCAAUAUGCAUCUGACUUAGUUGCUUUAAGAGACAUAGUUCAAAGGACUUACAAAAAUAUCGAGCCUAAGCCACUGGUCAUUGCCCCUGGAGGUUUCUUUGAUGCAAAUUGGUUCAAAGAAUUUAUUACCAAAUCAGGCAAAUCUUUGGAUGUUGUCACCCACCACAUUUAUAACCUUGGUCCAGGAGUUGAUGAUCACCUUAUAGAGAAGAUUCUGAAUCCUUCAUAUCUUGAUGGAGAGGCUAAAACCUUCAGUGGCCUCAAAGAUGUACUGAAAAGCUCAGGGAGCUCUGCAACUGCAUGGGUUGGGGAAGCAGGAGGAGCUUACAAUAGUGGCCAUCAUCUUGUGUCUGAUUCAUUUGUGUACAGUUUCUGGUAUUUAGAUCAGAUGGGUAUGUCAGCUUCUUACAACACUAAAACUUACUGCAGACAAAGUUUGAUUGGAGGGAACUAUGGCUUACUCAAUACUACUAACUUCAUUCCUAAUCCAGAUUACUAUAGUGCUCUGCUAUGGCACCGACUCAUGGGAAGACAAGUACUGUCGACUAGCUUUUUAGGGACCAAAAGUAUUAGAGCUUAUGCACACUGCGCAAAGCAGUCUAAGGGGAUCACAAUACUACUAAUAAACUUGAAUAGCACUGCAGUUGAAGCUGAAGUGACCUUAAACAGCACAGCGAGUUUAUGGCACAGAAAGAGUAGUCAAGUUCAAGUUGAAAGAUCAAGAUUCAUUAAGAUGCGUCACAAUAAACAGAAUGGAGCAGCAAGAGAAGAGUACCAUCUGACAGCAAAAGAUGGGAAUAUACAGAGCCAAAGCAUGGUGCUAAAUGGCAACAUUCUUAGUAUAAAUGAAGAUGGGGAGAUUCCUGAAUUGAACCCUCUUUUUGUAAACACUUCAACACCAAUAAGGGUUGCUCCUUUCUCAAUUGUAUUUGCCCAUUUACCAUAUCUUCUUCUUCCUGCUUGCAACUAGCUGGUUAGCUACCGAGCUUGAUUGCUUUUUGGGGGGUUAUGGCUUUUGAGUGGAAACCAAGAAUUGGGUUCCUCCUGUAUUGCGCAAUGAUUCUAAUUAUGAGAUAGAAAUGCGUGGAAAAUAUCUUGUUUUUCAUUUUUAUCGGGGAAGAAUAAAGGCUUUAGUUUUAUUUUUUUUGUAUAUUUUUUAUUUGGAGUAAACUAUAGAGACUAGCCUGUUGAUUAUUUUGAAUGCCUCCCAGUGUAUGAUUUCAGUUCAUUCAGUUUCUGAUGCAUAUUUAAUUGAGUC